GCUGCACCACUGCUGAAAAAGGGGGGAGACGCAAUUAGUCACCUUGUGCGCUCCUCACCGUUGACAACCUCCUGUACAUUAAACCGGGCGCGCGACAGCCUUUCACUUGGAAGUGCGCGUGAAGGGACAACAGCAGCCAAUCUGAUUGAACACACGCACUCUUUCCCUCAGAGCGCCGUUCUGCUGACUCAGUGCCUUAUCAGAGCGAACCGGUUCCUCGCCACCGAACAGACCUGAGACGCACCAGUCACCGCAACAACUCCAGCCAUGGCCAAAACUGCGAUCGCAUACAAAGAGAAGAUGAAGGAGCUCUCCCUCGUCUCCCUCAUCUGCUCCUGUCUCUACCCAGAGGCACGCAAAAACAUCAUGGGCGAGUUUGAAGACAUGGAGGUUAAGCCCAUUAACAAGCGGGCUUCUGGCCAGGCCUUUGAGGUCAUCCUCAAGCCACCCUCUCCCAUGGCUGACGGCUCUUACAGCAUCACUACACCUCCCAAAAAGAGGGACAUGUCCCUGGAGGAUAUCCAGAAGAAGCUGGAGGCAGCAGAGGACAGGAGGAGAUCCCAGGAGGCUCAAGUCCUGAGGGCCCUGGCUGAGAAACGUGAGCACGAGCGGGACGUCCUGCUGAAAGCCAUGGAGGAGAACAGCAACUUCAGCAGGAUGGCGGAGGAGAAACUCAUCACGAAGAUGGAGCAGAUCAAGGAGAACCGUGAAGCCUACAUUGCAGCCAUGCUGGAACGACUGCAUGAGAAGGAGAAGCACGCUCAGGAGGUGCGCAGAAACAAAGAGCUGAUGGAAGAGUUGACAGCAUGAGCACAUCUCUCUACACCCACUGUCCCAUCACCCCACACCACCCCCUCCCCAUACCUGCGACCUCCCGUCCCCAGAGAGACCCCAUCUCAUCCCGCCACCGCUGCCCCGUGUAGAAAAGAGCCUCUGGCACCCCACCCCCUGCCCUGCCCUGCCCUGCUCAGAUGAAGGGAAUCGACCCUGCCCCCCUCACCAACAGCAUCCUCCCCGAUAUAGUCCAGAAGACAAAAGGAACACCAUUACUCCAGAAAAAAAAAAGAAAUGUUUUUGAUUAAAUCGAAACCAGUCAAAGUGGGUGUGGUUUUUUUGUAAAUACUUCCUAUUUGUUUUAUAUGAGACGAUGAAAAGUAUUGCGGUGUGCCAUUUUAUAAGUUUCUCUCUGUAUCUUUCUCUUUUAGUGGAUGUACUUGUUUCCUCUCUCGCUCUCUCUAUCAGAUCUGCUACAGUUUCUCUUGUACCAGGCUUUGGUGUUUGUGAGUUUGCUGGCUAGCAAUGUCUUCUCUAAACCCAACGAUCAUUUUAGUGUCUCUAUGUCCAUGUGGAGAGAGUAAAAGCCACCACAGUACAGUAAACACAGCUCUAACUGGUCACUAUCAUAGCAUUUAAAACAAUCUCUAGCUCUUUCUUCAUACAUUCAUCACAACCACAACAAACACACACACACAUCCAGUCAGCUUGAGCCACACCAAAGUCAUGUGACGUCUCUCGACCCGUGUUUGACCAUAGUCUGGGUUGUAUUUUUGCUGACGGUGUAACAUCAAGUUAGCCUUAAAUUCUUGAGAAUCGCUUGAAGUUUUAGGGGAAGAUUUAGGGGAUUUCACAGAGGAUUUUAGGUGAUAAAAAUGGAUGCCGUGUUUAAGUGUGUGUGUGUGUGUUAAGAGCAGUGUGGGUGGACGGAGUUACCCUGUGCCAUUGCUCUUGUGUAAGUAGCUUUAAUGUCACAAACCUGCCCACCCUCAUCUUUCUCUUCCAGCUGUGCAUUUUAUUCCCUUCACACAUGUAACUUUGGGAGCAUAAAUUGUGGUGAAUAAAGGCUUGGGGUUCUUGGAAUGAGA